AUGCCAGAGGUCGAUAUCACCAAGCUUUCGCCACGCCAGAUACCCUCCGUCUCGUACACCAUCCAGAACAUGUGGAUAUCCAUCUCGGCGAUGACCUUCGCCAUGGCAUCUUUCUUUUUCACGCUCUGCGUAGUGUUACCGUUGUCCAUGACUCGGUUCUUCAUCCCGAUCGACAAGCUUUCUAUGCCUGAGACCGAGACAAAGAAAGCCGUCCUCAUCAUUGGCGCUUCGCGCGGGAUCGGAUUCAACAUCCUCAAGCAAUACAUCGACGAGCCGGACACUGCCAUCGUCGCUACUUCACGUUCAAUUGAAACUGUUAGGAGCAUGGCCAUCGAGUUAGGCGACACUGUUGCUGAUCUUCGGUGCGCCGAACUUGACCUUUCUGGGACGCGAAAGCAAGUUUCCGAAGCUAUCAAGUCCUUGGACAGGCAGUAUGGUCCAUUUAGCCACGUGUACGAAGUUAGUGGUAUUUCGAAUCACGUCAAGGAUCAUGGCGUUUGGGGCUUGGACAUUACUGGGGAAAUGAUCAGCGUCAACGUCGCCGGCACCGUAGCUUCCGUCCUAUCGAUGUAUGACCUCAUGAAAGGUCGCGGGUACGGCAAAAUUUGCGUCGUAGGCUCGAUUGCCGGCCUGUACAGCCCAGCGAACAUGAUAUCCUAUGCAUCGACAAAGGCAUUUGUCAAUAAUUUCUGUACUUCUCUCCGUAUCUUGGCUGCUCCGACCGGCGUGGAUGUCAUUACUGUUCAACCAGGGUUCAUCGACACUCGCAUGACGAAGCAUAUGCGCAACCAAGGCAGCACCGUUCCAGGAACAGAGUUUGGCGAACCCGAAGGUUUGGCCGAACAGAUGAAGGCAGCGAUGGAAGAUGGCGGAAGGGGAAUUGUCAAUUGGCCUGUUCGGCAGGGCGUCGUUGCCUAUGGGCUACAAGCGAUGAAUCCCUCAUCUUGA